AUGGCGCGACAUGGAUUCACUGGCCUGGCCCUCUUUGCCUGGCUAACCAAACUCCCCUCCGGGCUGGCGAACCGCUUUGCUGUUCAGGAGGCCAAGAGCACGGGUGAGCGAUGCUGCUGCAACAUCUCGACCGAAGCUGGUCAGGACACCUUGUCUUGCGAGCCUACGCAAGCUGUGACGAGCUUCAUGGUCUCCUUCUGCCCCGGGUCGCUGACGUACGCGAACGACUUCCUGCCCCCAGCGGCCAGAGCGGCCUGCAACACCUCUUCAGCUCUUGGCCCAAGGGCACAGCCCUGCAGAGGCCCGACUGCGUCGUGCGACUGCGCUGAGACGGUGGAUGCGCGAGCGCCAAGCAACGGUCUCGUGAAGGGGCGAGUGCUGACACCGUCGGCUGAGCGCAUAGUCGCGGGCUUCUUCGGCCUUCACUACGCCAGCUACAGCGGGAGGAGGUUCCUAGAGGUAUGCGUUGGGAUGUUCCCGCUUUAUGCGAACAGUCCUUUUAAGAGGGGUCCCAAGGUAUGCCCAAAGUGGCGCUUCUUUGCUUGA